AUGGCUGGAUGUGGCUGCGGACAGCCAACGAUAAUAGUUCAGCAAACGCCGCAAUAUGCUUAUGCUCCUCCACCUAUUGCUCCACCUCCUCCAGCUCCUAUGAUGGUGGCAGCUCCACCACCUCCACCACCACCGCCGCCGCCGCCACCCCCGCCACCAGCAUAUUAUGCUCAACCAGCCUAUGCGCUCGCACCGCCACCUCCGCCACCGCCUCCACCACCAGCAUAUAUUCCGUCAGCAGCAUAUUCUGGAGUGAUUCUUUUAGGUGUAACAUCAGCAGUUUGCAAUCCGAAAUGCCCUAAAAAUCCGAAAAUCUUCUGCAACUACGCAACCAAGAAAUGCGAGUCAACUAAAGUAGUUCCAGUGAAACCCCCAGUAUUUGGAAAAGGUGAAUUGGGCAAAAUACAGAGGAAGCUUCCAAAACAGCCGAAGAAGACGCUUAACUGA